AUGAAAAACUUUGUUGGAUUUAUCAAUUUUCUUUGCGCUUCCAUAUUAAUUCCAACACUGGCUUUUACUAUAUUUUUAUUCUAUGAAGUUGGAGAAUUCAAGAGAGAUUCUAUGGAAGGAUUAGAUGAGUUUAAGGUUGGUAACUAAUAACAACGAUGCUCCGAUCUUACACCUCUUAAGAUCUACGCUGACGAUGCUUGGAAUCAAAUGUAUCCAAAAAGAAUUUCUCGAUCAACAAAAUCUCAUUGCCAAUGCGCGCUGCUUCCCUCAAAUUGCCCGCCUGGCCCACAAGGCCCACGUGGAAGACCGGGCCUUAAGGGAACAGAUGGCCCUCACGGCUUGCAAGGUCCAAAUGGUAAAAAUGGUGUAGAGUUCAAGAAGAUUUGGGAUGAAGAAGAUCGGAGUUGUAUUCCAUGUCAGCCUGGAGAACUUGGGCCACCUGGAGAAGAUGGACCAGUUGGAGAGCAAGGAGUUAUUGGACUUCCGGGGAAUAUUGGACUGGAAGGAAGGCCCGGGGAAGCGGGAGAACCCGGAGAAGAUGGGUAAGAUUUGGAUUUAUUGGAAACAUUAGCGUUUAUACAAUUAGUUAAGCAGUGGGGAUUUGGAUCUUAUGAUUUUUUUGAAGCGUAUUUCUCACAGGGGUAUUUUUCAACAAAAAAUAACUAAUUGGGGAAAUUUUUUGUUCCGAGUCCGAAUUUUAAUUAAAAUUUUAAUUAUAAACCUAACAAUAAAUAUAAACUUUUUUCCAGUGACAUUGGAUUCCCCGGAUUUCCUGGAAUGGAUGGCCCCGACGGAGAGCCUGGUCGAAACGCAACUCGAGGUUCUGGCCCACCUGGUCCCAUCGGCCCGCCAGGCCCAAUUGGUGAGCCUGGAAUGCCUGGAGUCACCGGAGAACCGGGAGAAGAUGGGAAAGAGGGACCAGAAGGGCCUCCGGGUCCAGAAGGAAAACGUGGCGAGCGACCGGAAAUGGGGCCAGAUGGUUUGCCAGGGCCAAAAGGGCCACCAGGUUCUGAUUCGGGGUAUUGUCCAUGCCCGAAGAGAUCGAAAAAUAAGGACGCGGUGGUGAAAAUGAAUUUGGAGACUACAACUUCGACUUCGAGAAUCGAGACAAAAUCGGAUUUUGAAUCGAUUGAAUUUCUAACAUCAGCAGUUGAGGGAUAUUCCAAAAAGGUUGCUUGA